AUGAUUGUACCAACGGCGCAAGCUUUAUGCCUGCUGGACUCGUGUACCCCGGAGGCUCGGGCAGUCGGGCUCAUGCUUUAUUAUUCAAAACGACUUCUUACUGGACGGAGCAUCGCGACUCAUGUCCGCAGGGCCCGCAAGUCCGCUGUCACUAACGAACUAGCGUGUGAGGCUUGCAAUCGGACUAGACUCUCUCUAUCUUCCAAUCACACACCCAUUUCCUGCGGCAUCACUAUCAGCCUACUCUCGUUGGGCCGACGAGGUUCCCUCGCACCUCAUACAUUGUACGAGACGGAGGCUGCCGAACUUACAAACCUAUCAGUUGAUUGCCAGUUCAAGUGUGGCGAGACGACAUCUCGGCGCUUAUGGAAUGCCAAGGACGACUGCACAGCGCAUGGCGACGACCCGUCAGCUCCCGACACGGUGCUCUACCUAGCAUAUGGAUCCAACAUGUGCGCGCAGACGUUCCUAGGUAUGCGCAAAAUCAAGCCUCUAUCCCAGAUGAACGUGUACGUGCCAAGCCUACGCUUGACAUUUAACCUGCCGGGUGUUGCGUACAUGGAGCCGUGCUUUGCCAACGUGGACUAUCGCAACGACAGAUCGGAAAAGCCGGCCGGCCAUCCGGAUGAGAACUGGGAUGGUUGCCUAGUCGGCGUCGUGUACGAGGUGACCAAAUCUGACUGGCGCAACAUCAUGCGUACCGAAGGGGGUGGUGCCAGCUACAAGGAGAUUGUGGUGCCCUGCAUCCCGCUGUCCAGCGAGACUGGCGUAACGCUCCCCGAGACAUUCAUGGCCAGGACCCUUCACGCGCCUCCCACGCCCGACCACAAACGGCCUGGAAAUUGCGGCUGGUGGGAUCGCCUCACCACUGGUCCAUAUCGCCCAAGCGACGACUACGCGCAGCCUAGCCUGCGUUACAUCAAGCUGCUGCGUACUGGUGCCAAGGAGCACAGCUUACCGCAGGUGUACAAGGACUACCUGGAGUCGAUACAGCCAUAUACGCCGACACAUACUCGCCAGAAGAUUGGCAAAUUUGUCUUCAUUCUCAUCUUCGGACCCCUGUUCCUCUUCAUGAUCCGUGUCGCAGCGCUGUUUGCCGAUGAAAGCGGUCGGACACCCAAGGUUCUGUCCGCAUUCAUGACAAUAAUGUCCAACACAAUGUGGAUCAGCUAUGAUAAUUUUCUCAAGCCGAUAUUUGGAGAUGGUGAAAGAACACAAGUGGAAGACGAUGCAAAGGCAGAGCGGAUCAGUUACGUUUUCGGACUUUACCAACACUGGGACACUUUUGAACACGACCGAUACACCAGAGCUUCAGCAGAGGUCGACUUUAGCGAAGCGCGUUGA